AUGUGGUGCCGGUUGUCUGUGUUACGAGCAUCACGACAAUUAUUAGAUGAGGCCAUUUUUCACAAACAAAAGCAUGCCAUCAUUCGUUCGAUUUCUCUGUCACACACCGAUUUAAAAGGUCAUUCGCAUUGGCAAAAUAUCAGAAGUACCAAAGAGAAAUUUGAUGGCAUGCGCUCAAAAGCAAUCAAUUUAUUGUUGAAGAAGAUGAAGGUCGCAGUAAAGAAUGGUUAUGAUUCAAAAAUCAACAAAGAAUUGGCAUCUGUCGAAUCGGAGUUUUUAAAACAAGGACUAGGAAUGGAAACUUAUACCCGUACACUUAAAAGACUCAAAGAAAAACCAGAAGUCCCAAUAGAUUUGGCUGUGAUUGGACCUUCAGGAACGUUUUUUGUUGUUCAUAUGGAAGCGAGCAGUAAAUCGACGGCAGAAAGCACUCUAAAAAAAUAUAUUAAUAAAACUGGCGGUGGUUUUCGAAUGGCUCCCGACCUUAGUGCAGUCCAAGCAUGGUUUGAUCAAAAAGGAGUACUAUCAGUUUCGGAAAAAGACCGCAACAAUAAGACACUUUCUUUAGAACAGAUGGAAGACCUGGGUAUCGAACUUGAUUGUGAGGAAGUCUCUGCAUUUAUGGAAGAUGGAGAGCGUAAAUUCGAACUCUUGUGUAAUCCGCUCAGUGUAAACAAGAUUGAAGCACUACUAAAUGAGAAAAUGCUCGUGGUAGAAUCGGGUGAAGUGGAAUUUAGAGCAAUGCAUCCCAUUAAUGUAGAAAGCGAGGAUAAAGAAAAGAUUGAGAAGUUUUUCAAGCUGUUAGAAGAGGAAGAUAUGGUGAUCAAUAUUUAUGACAAUAUCGAUCCCGCUUCG